UGGCUUCUGCAGGACCGUUACAAUGGCUGACGGACAACACCCAUCGCUCGUCCCUCGCUGGACCGUAGCUGUACAUGCCGUCCAGAUCCUAUUCGCGAUCAUCAUCCUGGGUUUCGAUGCGUACGGCAUCAAGUACAUCGCGUACAAUGCCCUCAUCUUCUCACUUGUAGUGUGUCUUUGCACAAUGGCGGUUGGUGCUUACAUGAUUGUUUCCCAAACCAUCCUCCCCAAGAUGUACAACGUAUACGUUGCCUUAGCCGUCCACGUAUGGCUGCUCAUCUUCUGGCUCGUUGAUCUUGGCCUGGUUGCAAACCUCGCUGCCAUGUGGGGACGAGGCGACUACUGCUUCACCACCUCCUACGGCUUCGGCUCAACCUACUGCUACACCAAGAGGGACCUCAUUAAGAGGGACUACACCACCUUCGGCGCCUACUACGGCGUCCUCACCGCCGGUGCCAUCUUUGCAGCCAUCCAACUCGUGACCUGGGCCCUCACCGGCGUCCUUCUCGUCCUCGCCUGGAACAAGAACCGCACCGCCGGAACCUCCGCCAAUCCCAACGUACCCCCACAGUACCAGAACAACGGUCAGGCCGUCCCAAUGGAGAAGUACGACCAGCCUGCCGCCCCUACCCCCGGCCAGCAGUAUGGUACGCCGCAACCACAGUUCGCCAGUCCGCAACCCCAGUAUGCACAGCCCGCGCAGCCGCAGUUCACUGGGGCCCCGUACGCCCAAGACCCCGUGCAGCGCCAGGAUACUGUGAGCCCUGUCUCACAUGCUGGCGGAUACGCACACAACCCCAGUGUGUCGGGCGUGAGCUCACCGCAGCAUACUGGUCAGCCUGCGUAUCCCCCGACACCUCAGCAGCAGGCGUAUCCCCAGAAUGCGGCCGAGGUGCACACGGAUCCGUAUAAUCCUAAUGUGCCCGAGCUGUCAAACCACAGGUGAGCGGCACCGGGCGGUAGUAUGCUCGGCAAUGGUAUGGUGUGAUAGGAAGACAAGCGGCCAGGUGUAUAGUGAUUUAAUUAGCGUGAAGUAUCGAGAUACCCUUGGUCUAUGUACCCCCCUGCAUCUUCUUCUUUGACUUGAUCUGGUAUACUUCUGUGGCCUGGACUUCGAUAUGUCCAUGUGUGGAGUACUUUUGAUGUCGUUGGGUUCACCGAGUUCCAUCGGCGCCCCAAACAGUUGACCAGCAUAAAUGGAGGGGUCGAGGCCUCUCAGCUGGUGCGAUACUAUCACAGCAUCAGGCCACGGCCAUAGCUUAUUGAGCAUGUCAAACUGCUAGAUG